UCUUCCACUGCAGCUUCAUCUUUCGGUUCUCAAGGCUAUAAUACCGGCUACUAUCAGGCUCCUAUUCACAAUCCCAGCGACAUGACAAACAUACCAUCACUUGAAUAUUACCCAUCUCAACUCACCCAGGAACAACACUUUCAAUCUGAAUUCCCCCAUGGGCAACCCGAUCAGCAGCAGAUCUCGUCAGCACAGCCAGCUGCGCAGUCAAGCAAUCAGCAAGCACAGGGCUCUGGAGUACAUACUUGCGAAUCUUGUGGCAUCGUUUUUCGUCGGCCAUGCGAGCUAGGGAAGCAUGCAAAGACCCACAAGCCCGCCAUAAAAUGUCCCGCUGACAAGAAAUGCGCCGUCGUCAAGGCAGAACAGCGGGACAUGAACCGGCACCUGUGGGUGUCGCACUCCGGCUACGCCAAGAAGAACGAGAUCCCGCCCAUCGAGACCGCUGUAUGCCCUCACUGCAAACGGGGUUUCAGCAGGAAGGAUAAUUUCCAGAAACAUUUGAGAGAGAGGCGGUGCAAGGGCCAGGGCAAUAAGUCGUCGCAAGGGUAAAGAAGCGUCAGGGUUCGUUCACCACUAAGAAACGGUUUGAGUUGAUAUUUUUAUGGCCACUUUUUCCUUUUUUCCUUUUCCCCCCCUUUUCUUUUUGCUGUCCCUGGUGAGACGCUCGCCGCAAUAUUGACUGCUGGACGUUUCUCUUGUCGUUUUCUGCCCCAUUCUAGUUAUCCCUUGCCGUUUC